AUGGGAAACAUCUGUUCGAAGUCGGCCAACAAGCCUGAUAGCUUUUCCACCCCCGGGAGAACACUGGGGACGAGUGCGAGUCCCCAAGCUCAGACCAAGUCUGCUACAGCGCCUCUCCCCCAGAAGCUGACUGCCACCACGCCUGGCCGCACUCUCGGGGGACCAGAGAGUGCCUCUGCUGCGGACGAUGCGAGAAGCGCCGCAGCAAGAGCAGCCGAGGAACGAGCGGCGAGAGCGAAUAGGACUGGUGGAAAACUUUCUUCCCAACUCUCAAGCCAAAAAAAGCAGACCCAGAAUCAGUUGCUCAACUCUGGCUCUGAAGCAGAAAGGAGAGCCCGAGAUGCCGACCAGAGUGCAGAGGCGCGUAACUGGAACUGA